UAUCCACCACCCAUUGCUAUUGGGUGAAACUUAUUUAAAUUAUUCUCCAAGGAGAUCCAUCCAUGUGCAAGCCAUCAGUGGUCCUGCCCCUGCUCUACUAGUACCCAACCCAAGCCAAGCCAUGAUCUGUGAGCUCCAGCUGAGAUCUUUAGUUUUGUUAUCAUGGGGAUUAUGGGCAAUUGUUUUUGCUUUGGGAGAGGAUUUACUGAGCUGUGAGGCAAAAUCCCCUGCUGCUUCUGGCUAUCACUGUGAUCAAAUCAGAUCACAAACACACUGCACAACAUUUGCUCUUCUCUUCACAAAUUCUUACUACUCUUCUCUUUCCAAUCUCAGCUUUUACCUGGGAAUCAACAGAUUCCACCUUGCUGAAGCUAAUGCCCUCUCUGCUGACACAGAAUUCCUCCCCCUCAACUACCCUCUCUUCAUCCCCAUUCACUGCAAAUGUGUUGGUGGGUUUUAUGGAGCAGAGCUAAGAAAGCCCAGCAUCAAAGGGGAGACCUUUUAUGGGAUUGCCAAGUCUUUGGAGGGCCUAACAACUUGCAAAGCAAUUCAAGAGAAAAACCCUAAUUACCCAAGGGAACUACUUAAAGACAAUCUUCCCUUGCUGGUUCCAUUGAGAUGUUCUUGCCCAAUUUCAACUUAUCACAACAAGAUUUUUCUCUCUUACCCUGUAAUCAGAGGUGAUACACUUCCAGAUUUGGCUCUCAAGUUCAACACCACUCUUGAAAGCAUCAUUGCAGCAAAUAACAGAUCAGAAUCCUCAACUACUCUUCUUAUCCCCAUUGACACCAGCAAGCUAAUUCUUGGCUCACUGGCUAAGCCCCAUCAACCCAAACUUGGAUAUCCAGCAGCAAGAAUCGACGGCAGAAACAAUAAUUAUAACCCACACAAGAGAAAGCCCAGAAAAAUGCCUAUGAUUGGAAUUUAUAUUGGUGUGAGUGUGGUUGCAUUUGCAGCAGCAAUUGCAAUUUUAGCAGCUUUUCUGUUCAUCCACUGGAAGAGGAAGAAGGUGAGCUCUUGCAAGGAUGGCAAUGGCGAUUUGGAGCUCCAACAGCUGAAUUUGAGCGUGAGAACAGCGAGCGAGAAGAAGGUAUCAUUUGAGAGAUCUCAUCAAGACGAUGUUCUUCACACCCCACGUAAAAUAUCAAUUUGUACAUACACAAUUGAGGAAUUGGAAAGAGCCACUGAAAGCUUCAACCCAUCCAAUCUAAUCGAAGAUUCCGUGUUCCACGGCCGCCUCAACGGAAAAAACCUAGCAAUAAAACAAACCCACACCCACAACAUCUCAAGAAUCGAUUUUGAGCUCUUCAUUGACACCAUUCAUCACCAUCCCAACAUAAUCAGGCUCUUGGGGACCUGCUUGACCCAAAAUCCCAAUUCUUUUCUUGUUUUCGAGUAUGCAAAGAAUGGGUCCCUCAAGGAUUGGCUCCACGGUGGGUUAGCAAUGAAAAACCAAUUCAUCGCUUCCUGCUAUUGUUUCUUGAGUUGGGACCAGAGAUUAAGGAUCUGUCUCGGUGUCGCUUCGGCCUUACAGUUCAUGCAUCAGAUCAUGAACCCUCCUUAUGUCCACAAGAAUAUCAAGAGCCGCAACAUCUUCAUCGACGAAGAUUUCAACGCAAAAGUUGGAAACUUUGGCAUGGCUAAGUGCCCUGUUUCAGAGGCCCAACAAUCCUAUCUUGCAAAUCCUUCAUCCUGGAACAAAGGGUACUUAGCACCAGAGUUUACAGAGCAAGAUAUAGCUUCCCCUAGCAUUGAUAUUUUCGCUUUUGGGGUGGUGUUAUUGGAGGUUUUGUCCGGGGAACCGCCCAUAACUAGAGAAAACGGAAAAGGGGAAGCGAAAGUGCGAUUGUGCGAUAAAAUUAAGAUGAUUUUGGGCGCGGAAAACGCAGAUGAGUUGCGGGAUUGGAUAGACAGCGGGCUGGGCGAGAAUUAUCCAUUCGAGGCGGCGGUAACGGUGGCAAAUCUUGCGCGGUCUUGUGUGGAGGAUGACCCGUCGUCGAGACCACACGCCGGGGAAAUUGUGGAGAAGUUAUCGAGAUUGGUUGAGGAAUUGCCGCAAGGGGAGCAAUUCCCGAUGUGCGAAAGCACCUGCAAACCUCUCGUCAAGGCCGCCGCCGCCACGGCAAGUACAAUGUAAAAAAAGCAGACGUGUGUGUAUGUAUGUUCAACGUUUACGGAACAAUUUUCUGUCUCGUACGUGUUGCUGUUUCUCUAAUGUAUAUAUUCACUUAAACAAAUAAAGUACGGUUUUUAUUAGUUUUUUGUUUU